CUGAUCAGGAUUCGCGAGGCAGCAUGGGCGUAUGCUAGAAUGCCCUUUAUUGGACGAUGGAAGUUCCUCACUUUGAAUGACGCCAACGAUUCUCGCUACCAGCAGGCCCUUUUCCGGCUCAGGUUACAUCGGUCUCGAGACACUCUUCUUGAUCUAGGCUGUGGGCUUGGCCAAGCGCUACGGCAGUUUCGAGAUGACGGCGUUGACGGAUCGCGAUUAUUUGGGCUCGACUCCAGCUCCCAGCUGAUAUCGUCGGGAUACGACCUCUUCCAGGAUAGAAGCAGUCUGGAUGCCCAUUUUACAGUGGGAGAUAUUACAGAUCCCGACGAUCCGAGAUUGGAUGAACUCAACGGCCUCAUCAGCAUUAUUCAUGCCGGGAGCUUCUUCCAUCUGUUCAGCUGGAAGCAGCAGCUAUACAUCGGAAAGCGGCUUGUCGGCUUUCUACAGCCCGAUAUACGCAACGCUUUCAUAUACGGCCGACAUGUCGGCGUCACUCAUACUCAGAAGCCUGAAAAGGGAGAUUCCUCGCCCUAUCUUCAUAAUCAGGACAGUUUCCAGCGGCUCUGGGAUGAGAUUGGGGAACUGACGAUGACUAAAUGGAAGGUGGAGGUGGAGCAAUCGGGGGAGAAUAUCGUCUGGCUACCAGGAAGGCCAAAAGGCGCACAUGCCGUCAACUUUACUAUAUAUCAAGUCCCCAGAAAUGAAAUUAAAAAAAGCUGUUUAUAGCCCCAU